UAUUAGGCACUUAAAAUAGAAUUAAGGGAGCACCUAACAGUCAAAAGCUCACCAAUUAAAUUCAUCUUGUUAAUUCAUUCCCAUCUAAUCACCUUUCUUGCCUCCUUAAUCUUUACCCGUCCUCCACUUAUACACUACUAAUAAAGUAGUAAACCAACAAAUGGUAAUCGAAUCAUCAAAUCAAAAUCAUAUAAAUUAAAUAUCUCCCUAAUAUCUAGCCUUCCUAAAACACACCAAAAACACCCCACCUUAGAUCUAGUAAUCUCACAACACCCCCAAAUAAAAAAUCAUUCCCUUGUUAAAUUUUCAUUUACACGAACGCAUAAUAAUCCCCCCUAUCUCAAGAACGAACCAUCCCUAUGGCCCUAUAGCACCAUUAAUCCCAUUAUAAACACACCAAAACAACACAACCAUCUUGUACCAAAAGAACCAAAAACUAGAAACUUUUUUAAAAAACACACAACAACAACAACAACAAUGUUGCAAAACCAACAACCACCAUCACCACCACCAAGAGACAACUCCACAACCUUCUACUUCAUAGCAGCCUCCUUCAUUUUCUCUCUCCUCUUCUUCAUCUCAACAACCACAACAACCCCAACAACCGCCGCAACAACCACCGCAACAUCACCUGACCCACGCCUCUUCCCCAACCCUCAAUAUGUCCUCAACAACCCCAACUCACCCCCUCUUCCUUCUGUCCCUUCAAUUGCUUACUUCAUCACUGGAUCAUCCGGUGACUAUUCUAGAAUCUUCCGGCUUCUUCUCUCUAUUUACCACCCUAAAAAUCUUUACUUGCUUCAUCUUGACCGUUUUGCCCCUCAGUCUGACCGUGACCGUUUGUCUCUUAGGGUGCACGGCCUGCCCGUGGUUAAAGCUGCCCGGAAUGUCCAUGUUAUUGGUAAUGCCGAUUUUGCUUACCCUAGAGGAUCUUCCCCUAUUGCUUCUUUGCUUAGGGGUGCCUCUAUUUUGCUUAGGUUGAAUUCUAAUUGGGAUUGGUUCAUCAAUUUGUCUGCUCAUGAUUAUCCCCUUGUUACUCAAGAUGAUUUGUUGCACAUAUUGUCAUACACACCAAAAGACCUGAACUUUGUGAACCAUACCAGCUACAUUGGAUGGAAAGAAGCUCGAAGGCUGAAACCCAUCAUUGUGGAUCCUGGACUUUAUCUUGCAGAAAAGACUGGGAUGUUUUAUGCCACUCAAAAGCGGGACUUUCCCAGUGCUUAUCAGUUGUUCUCAGGGUCACCAACCUCUGUUUUGAAUCGGAAAUUUGUUGAAUUCUGUGUUCUGGGAUCAGAUAACUUACCAAGAACUUUACUGAUGUACUUGGCAAAUUCCCCAUCAUCUUUAUUGAGCUAUGUACCAACCGUUGUUUGCAACUCACCAGAGUUCAAAGAGAGUGCUGUAAACCAUAAUUUACAGUAUGCAUCUUACUCUGCAUCUUCAAGUGAUAGUCCCAGACACCUGAAUGGCUCUGACUUAAAAGACAUGCUACAGAGUGGAUCGGCAUUUGCCACGCAGUUUCGUCCGAAUGACCCAAUACUUGAUCGUAUUGAUAGAGAAAUUCUUGGGCGGAGACGUGGGAGUGUUGUGCCUGGUGGCUGGUGCGUUGGUGAGAGGAACAACACUUGUGGUGAAUGGGGUGAUGCAGACAUCUUGAGGCCAGGUCCUGGAGCUAAGAGAUUUGAAAGACGUAUCACUGAGCUGCUUAAAAAUGGGACAUUCCGAACUCAGCAGUGUUUGAUUGAAUAAAUUCUUUACCCUAUUUAUCACACGAUUUUCACCUGAAUGACGCGCUAAGGAAUUAAAAAAAUUCAUGAGAGCAUUUUCAGCUUCAGCCUAUAGAAGCAUUUUUUUCCUCGGCUCAUCUUAGCUCUGCUCUGAGGUUUAUAUAACUGUCAAUGCUGCAUCAGAGAGUGGGUUAGACGAUUAGUGGUCAAUUUUAAUGUUGUAACAGCAGGUGUCCAAGCCUUUGUGGUUUAUUGGGGAUGUAAUUGUUGUACCUUAGUUCCAAUUGGUUGGGGUUAGCUGCACAGAUCUAGGCACUCAUGAGUUGCUCGUGUUAGUCAUCUUUUCUCCCUUUAACUCUAUUCAAUGCACUACAACCCUGAAGAUGCAGGGCUGCCAGGGGAUGUAAUUGCUGUAAAGUAAAUUAACUUUUUUUUGUUUAGUUGAGAGGGUUGAUUAUGUUGUACUUAAGCGAUGCCUCUAGUUCCUCGGUUGGCACACAGAGUAACUUUUUGUAACUACGAGUAAUUGUUUGCACAUAUUGUUCUUGAAUGAUUCUGCUUACAAUGAAUAAUAAACAAUUAUUUGACUAAAA